UACUGCAUUUUCGGUUUGCUGCAUGACGAGUUUACACGUCAAAGAUUGGCACGUGUCAUAGAAACUCUGAUUGUAAUUGGCAUUUUUCCAUGCUUAUAGUUUUACAGAUAUAUCAAUAUAUACGUGGACAAUUAUUACAUACACUAGAAAGUGCAGAGCCAGAAGAGUAUUAACCAUGUUUCUGUCGACUUUCCAAAUUCUUUUAAGUUUUCUUAUUAUAUCUUUCAUAGUGAUAUAUUCAUUAGGAAAGAAAUGGAGAAACAGAAGAAAACAACAGGAAAAUAAUAUGUCUUCCUCUGCAUCUGGAGGUCUGUAUAUGUGGAAGAAAAAAAGCAACAACAAAUCGAGGAAGGAAAUACCGAAAGCCACCACUUUGCCCUAUUUUUGGAAUUUGAUUUUCUGUCCAGUAAAAGCGCAAGAUUAUCGGAAACUUUGUGGCACCUUUAUAAUUCAAGUAUUGAGUUGUUUCUGUUUGGGAUUCAUCGAAGAGAAACUAAUGAAAAUUUCUUGGGGUGGCUAUCAUUAUAUUGUAUUAUCUCACCCCGAAGUGGCUCAGGAAGUGCUAAAGAAUUACACCGUGAUCAACAAAGAUAGAAUUUAUAAUAUUCUUCAUCCGUGGCUGGGAACAGGUCUUCUCACAAGUUCGAACGAUAAGUGGAGACAUCGUAGGAAAUUGUUAACUCCGGCAUUUCACUUUCGAAUUCUCGAAGACUUUCAAGGAAUUUUCAACGACCACUCAAACAUAUUAGUUAAAAAGUUGAAAAACAAAAAGCAAAAUGAAGAGUUUCUUAUUGACGAGCUAAUCAGACUGUGCACUUUGGAUAUUAUUGCAGGUAAGAGUUGAUUAAACGAUG